AGAUGUCAGGAGGAGAUGAUUACAAGCAUGUGCCACCAUUUUUACAUUGGUUGUUUCCAUGGUUAUUUCCAAGGUUGCUGUGGGCGCCAUGUCCCAGGUAUCAGCCCCGCUGCAGUGAGGGAGGCUGGGCACUGCCCGUACUGGCCCGGGCAGCAUGGCCAAGGCGCGGCUCUUUCGGCUGUGGCUGGUGCUGGGCUCAGCGCUCAUGAUCCUCCUCAUCAUCGUGUACUGGGACAACGUGGGCACGGCCCACUUCUACCUGCACACAGCCCUGUCCCGGCCCCACAGCCCGGAGCCGGCCCCCACCCUGGGGCAGGGCGACGACCUCCAGCUCCCCUCUGAGGCAGACCCACUGCUGAAUAAGAUCCUCAGCCCCGAUGCCGAGACAGCACUGUCCAGAAAGAAGACAGAGCCACCCCCGGUGCUGGUCCCCAGCCCUGGGGCCCGGAGCCCCAUGGAGGAGAGCGUGCGGGGCUACGAUUGGUCCCCCCACGACGCCCAGAGCAGCCCUGACCAGGGCCAGCAGCAGGCCGAGAGGCGCCGCGUGCUGCAGGGCUUCUGUGCCAAUGCCAGCCUGGCCUUCCCCACCAAGGAGCGCGCGUUCGAGGACAUCCCCAACUACGAGCUCAACCACCUAAUCGUGGACGAUCGCCAUGGCAUCAUCUACUGCUACGUGCCCAAGGUGGCCUGCACCAACUGGAAGCGGGUGAUGAUCGUGCUGAGCGGGAGCCUGCUGGAGCGCGGGGCCCCGUACCGCGACCCCCUGGCCAUCCCCCGCGAGCACGUGCACAACUCCAGCACCCACCUGACCUUCAACAAGUUCUGGCGCCGCUACGGCCGCUUCUCCCGGCACCUGAUGAAGGUGAAGCUGCAGAAGUACACCAAGUUCCUGUUCGUGCGCGACCCCUUCGUGCGCCUCAUCUCCGCCUUCCGCAGCAAGUUCCAGCUGGAGAACGACGAGUUCUACCGCAAGUUCGCCAUGCCCAUGCUGCGCCGCUACGCCAACCACAGCAGCCCGCCUGCCUCGGUGAGCCAGGCCUUCCGCGCCGGCCUCAAGGUCACCUUCGCACACUUCAUCCAGUACCUGCUCGACCCACACACCGAGACGCUGGCGCCCUUCAAUGAGCACUGGCGCCAGAUCUACCGCCUCUGCCACCCGUGCCAGAUCGACUACGACUUCGUGGGCAAGCUGGAGACCCUGGAUGAUGACGCUGCCCAGCUGCUCAAGCUGCUCAAGGUAGACGGCAGGCUGCACUUCCCCCCCAGCUACCGGAACAGGACGGCCAGCAGCUGGGAGGAGGGCUGGUUCGCCGGCAUCCCCCUGGCCUGGAGACGCCAGCUGUACAAACUCUACGAAGCCGACUUUGUCCUCUUCGGAUACCCCAAGCCCGAAAACCUGCUCAGAGACUGAAUGCCCUGCACCGGGAAGGUGCUCAGAGCGCAGCCACGUGCUUGAGAUGGGGGGGACAGGGCCACAGGGGCUCGGCCACCCCCACACUCCCACCCCGCGGGCCAGGGAGCGCCUCACACUCCGUGUUUUGUUUGUUUGUUUUUUUAAAAAUAAGCCACUGUUUUGCAAUCUGGACUCACCAUGCCCGCCACAGCCUGUAUUUACAGGCACCAUGUUAAUAUUGUUUUCUAAGAUUAAUAUAUUUCAGAUAUUUAAUAGGAAAGUGGGAGUGAGCUGGAGUAAAACGUGGCACCCA